AUGUCCAGCGCCGUCUGGUCCUCGCCAGACCCUCUGAAUGACUCGCCCACAUUUCAUUCUCCAGCAAAAACAUCCCGCUCUUCCAAGGUCAAGCGCUCCCUCCCCCUCCAAGGGAGCUCUCCGACAAAGCAAACCUUCCAAUUGGACGUGGGAAACCAGCUUUCACCACAGAGGAUACGAGUCACAGUCGAAGCCGGAGAUUCUGAUAUAGAAAAUGCAUAUUCGCAUUUCGAUGAUGGCGGGGUUAUCUCUCCUUCGCCGGUUCGUAAACCUGUGAACCGUCGGAGGGAACGAACGACAACGACAACCAUACCCGUGAAGGGGCUCUCUGAUACAGAGGGUGAGGCUCAUGUCGCGACACCAAAGAGGGGCAGAGGGCGGCCUAGGAAGUCUGGAACUCCAGUCCCUGCAAAGCAACGUGGACGAGCUAGCACACCCGCUCAGAAAGGCAAGGGAAGGAGGAAAUCUAUCCUUGAACCGGGCGAUGGGGACAACGAGGAUGAUUGGGAUUUCCAAGUUGGAACGGAGGUGGAAGUUGGCAGGGGCAAGGGAAGGUCGCGGUCAAGAUCAAUGAAAGGGACUUCACGAAAGUCGGCGCCAUCGGCGAAGCAGACCGAGUCAUUGGACAAACCUAGAUCGAGUACCACAGGUAAGAAGGGAAGGAGGAGGACUUUAACCUCUGACGUUGUGGUACUCGAGGACGAAACUGGUUCGAACGGCGAGGAACCUGUGUCGGCUGAAGUGAGCCAGAGUCCAUCUACAAUCGAUGGUCAUGCGGAACGCGCUCAGUCAGAAUACUCUACAAUCCGAUCGACAACCACAGUUGAAGACCCUGAGCCAGAUGUCAUCAUCGCAAGAUUCCAUCCUGGCAGUGAAACCCCUCUCAAAGCAGGAUGGUCAAGCCCGCGUAUAAUAGACGGGUCGCGAGAUUUGAGUCCGACCCAACCAGUAAGUACCCGUUUAUUGCCAUCUCAGUCCCCCGAAAUGUCUCAAAGAGGCCAGGAUGGAGAAGAUAGCGUGGCUAUGGUUCCGGUAUCGCCUGAGAAGUAUGAUUUGAGUGCGGGAAUCGAUGGACGAGAUGAUGAAAUAGGCCCUUUUGAUGGAGGAGAAGGCGAUGAUGACCAGGUCGGUGAGCUUCGGGAGUUUGACACAAUCCUUGAGAGUGAAGGCUUUAGCAUGAUCUCAGUGGACUCUGUACCCUCGUUACGGCAUCACCUGAGCAGUCCAUCGAAUCAAAGCCAAGAGAGAGAAUCAAUCGACACUGUCAGGGAUCAGGAUAUUCUCGCUGUGCAGGGAGUUCAGGCGGGCAAAGACGACUCGUUCUCUAGUCCUUCGGUGGCUAUUCUUGAGUCGGCUACCCCUGGAUCCAAGCUUCAAGACCCAAGGCUUCUGUCGAUGCAGAAUGCACGGAUGGAGGACUCUUUUUCAAGUAUUCCACCUGAGAUUCUCGAGGCGGCCACCCCUGCUGGGAAGUCGAAGAUCUCCGCAUUACUAGCAACUAAGCGUUCGCACAUAGAGGAUUCAUUCUCGAGCAUAGCGCCUGAGGUCCUCGAAGCAGCAACUCCUGGUAGAGAUUUAUUAAAAACAACACUCGUCUCAGCGCAACCAAAUCAGGGAGAAGCCUAUGAAGAUUCUUUCUCCGCAAUUCCAUCAGUGAUACUGGACGCAGCUACCCCGGCACCUCUACGACAGACGUCGUUCAAGCCAAGUAGUGUGAGCAGGAUUGGUUCUGCGUCGGACAGACUAAAUGUUCCAGGUUCUGACCAGAGGGAGCUCCCAGCUGAUCAGAAUGGCCAAAGUUCGGUCACCACUCGACUUCCAACACCCGAAGAAACUCCAUCACCUCCUGGCGAAAUAUCUAGUCACCAGAUAAUCACAUCAAAUAGUAAUGGUCAGGUUGCAACAUCAACAGGAAUCGCCGGGGACGAACUUUCUGGAGACGAAUCUUUGAUUCAUUCGCAGAUGAAAUCGUCACCGCCAUCUAUAGCGCCACGCAGGCAUACACAGGCAGCCUACCUUCGCCAGCAGCGUGAACUACGUCCAGGAGAGACAGAAACUCCUUCAAUUAUAUUUUCAUCCCCAUCGCUACCACCGCCGAUCCAGUUUGCAAGAGCAAAACCUGCUUCAAACCCAGGGCCAGAGGGGCAGAGACGGGCUUUAUCCCCUACGGUACGUGCUGGACGUGUACUCCAAGAUAUUAUUGUACCAUCCUCUCCACAAGGCCGAGCUCAAAGCUUAGGAAGUCCGUUCAAAAGCCCGGCUGUGGAACGGAAAUCCUCGCCGAGGGUUGCACAUGACGAACCCCCUUCAUCUCAGGAGGCGGAAGAAAAACCGCUUGUUAGACUUGAUGUGGCUGGAAAUACGUCGCUUGAACAUUCGCAGCAUGACAAAGCUAACAGCUCUAUCAAGCACGAUGAUCCGUUUAGAAACAAGGUCCCAUCCACUGAGGGGAAGCAAGCUUACAGCCUCGAGGUCCCCGAGCAGCGUCGGUUCUCCAAUCCUCGUCUCUCCACCAUUAGAUCAGAGGGUGAGUCAGUGCUAAGUUACAAUGCUAUGAGCUGGCAAGCGGAAGAGGAAGUUCGUCUCAACGAUACCGUAGCAUCACCAGUGAACGAUGCCAACCAGUCAGCUGGAGUAAGGGGAUCUUCUGCAGGUGAAGAUCCACGCCAUCCCAGUGCUUUCGAUGGCACAGGGAUAUGGGAGCGAAAAUGGGCGGCUGAGAGGGCUACAGUGGUAAGACAAAUCGAAACCGCAAGCACCAGUCAAGUUAUAGUCAUUAAUUCCGAUAAUGAGACUUCUACUGGUCGGGUUGAUGAUGAUGAAGAUUUUGGCCUCUUGCUGGAAACGUUGAAUUCUUCCUCGCCUGCGGUCCAGCCUCGCCAGGAGAAUCCGAAAUACGACGGUGUCGAAAGGCCCAGACGGAGUAAGAUUCCCAGUCCUUGGAGGAAAAAUAGCAAGCGACUGGUAUACAGCGAUGAGCUGUCGCAGGCAAGAGUCCCAUUGGCCAAAAAUAUUGUGGAAGACGGUGCCAACGACGACCUCGAGGCCGCAGAACUCUCAGCAUGUCUCAUCACCCAAGAGUCAAACUUCAAACCUCGAGUUCGGGAACGUGGCACCCGGGAUAUUUCUGCCCUACUGGCAUCUUCCCCUAACAAAGCUCCGCUGCCCGUCCUUACAAAGAGUUCUCGAUGUGAUAGCUCUCUCCCCAAAGAAUCAAGCUCUGGUAGCUCGUCAAGUGUGCAUGAAAAUGAUGAGAGAGGCAGCAGUCCACCGCAAGAAUCUUUCACGCCAAUUCCACAAAAGUCAAGCUUCAAACCCAAAGUCCGCGAGGGUAAAGAUCUCGAAUCAAGUUUUGCUUCUUCGCCUGUCAAGCCGCCUACAUACGGAAUUUUUGGUAUUCAGUCCUAUAACGUAAACGCAUCCAACCAUUCCACACGGAAGCCACGCUCUUCUGUCGACUCAGGUCGGAGACCACUGGAGACAUCGUCUCCAAGCAGGACGAAUGCAUUACCUACCCCUACCUACCAGGCUCCAUCAGCGGAGCUUUCGCCAUCUAAUUGUAGCGAUGAGUCCACAUCCUCAUCCACCUCGAAUGAGCAGGAGGAUCAGACUAUAAACAGCCGCACCACGAAAUGGAUGGAAACUGUGCAUCUCGCACCUGCUCCGAUGCAUGGAUUCUCAUCGCCUACGAAAUCCUGUCUGCGAUCACCGCUCAAGACACCUGCCGGUGGUUCGGGAUAUGAAAGCAGUGCCUCGCCUACUAAAACUGUGGCAUUUGUCUCCUCGUCGCCCAUCCCUUCCUCCCCCGCCCAGGAGCCGCUAUCAUCCACAACCUGGUCAAGAGAUCACUGGGUACUCCUCGAUUCUAUCGUACAGAGUUGGAAACCUGCAAAUCAGGCUGGGGGACAGGAGAGGCGAAGGAGAAAUAGCACUAGGGUUAUCUCCAAGCUGUUGGGUAAGACCGUACGUAGUCAAGGUGAAAGUAUGAAGUUGCAGCAGUGGCAUUUGGAGGCUGUGGAUGAGUUCCGUGGGUGCGUGCCAGGUUGGAAGGAGGAUACCAUUGCGAUGAGAGUCUUUGCUUUGCUCCUAGGGGAGGAGAGGAGGGCUUUAGGGUUGGUUGGUGGGGGCCAACGUGCAAUUUGA